AUGUCUCACGAAGGUGAAGAAGAUCUAUUAGAAUACUCUGAUAACGAACAAGAAAUUCAAGUCGAUGCUACCAAUGCAGCUACUGAAUCUACUGAAGGUGCUGCCGGUGCCACCGAUGCUUCCGCUACCACUGAAGGUGACGCUGCUGCCACGACUGGCGCCGAUAAAAGGGUUCCUACGUUGGUAUCCAUUCCACUGGAUUCAAAGUAUUUCUUAUUAAAACCAGAAUUAUCAAGAGCCAUUAUCGAUUGUGGGUUCGAACAUCCAUCUGAAGUUCAACAACAUACUAUCCCACAAUCUAUUCACGGUACAGAUGUCUUAUGUCAAGCUAAAUCUGGUUUAGGUAAGACCGCUGUCUUCGUAUUAUCUACUUUACAACAAUUAGACCCUGUCCCAGGUGAAGUUGCUGUUGUUGUCAUUUGUAACGCAAGAGAAUUGGCUUACCAAAUUCGUAACGAAUAUCUAAGAUUCUCUAAAUAUAUGCCAGAUGUUAAGACCGCUGUCUUCUAUGGUGGUACUCCAAUUAAUAAAGAUGCUGAACUAUUAAAAAAUAAAGAUACAGCUCCACAUAUUGUGGUUGCCACUCCAGGUCGUUUAAAGGCUUUAGUUAGAGACAAAUAUAUUGAUUUAUCACACGUAAAGAACUUCGUCAUUGACGAAUGUGAUAAAGUUCUGGAAGAAUUAGAUAUGAGAAGAGAUGUUCAAGAAAUCUUUAGAGCUACUCCAAGAGAUAAACAAGUAAUGAUGUUUUCAGCCACGUUAUCUCAAGAAAUUAGACCAAUCUGUAGACGUUUCUUACAAAAUCCAUUAGAAAUCUUCGUGGAUGAUGAAGCUAAGUUGACAUUACAUGGUUUACAACAAUACUAUAUCAAAUUGGAAGAACGUGAAAAGAACCGUAAAUUAGCACAAUUAUUAGAUGAUUUAGAAUUUAAUCAAGUUAUCAUUUUCGUUAAAUCUACAAAUAGAGCAAAUGAAUUAACUAAGUUAUUAAAUGCAUCUAACUUCCCUGCUAUUACGGUACACGGUCAUAUGAAACAAGAAGAACGUAUUGCUCGUUAUAAAGCUUUCAAAGAUUUCGAAAAGCGUAUUUGUGUUUCUACUGAUGUUUUCGGUAGAGGGAUCGAUAUUGAACGUAUUAAUUUAGCUAUUAACUACGAUUUAACUAGUGAGCCAGAUCAAUAUCUACAUCGUGUUGGUAGAGCUGGUAGAUUCGGUACUAAAGGUUUAGCCAUUUCUUUCGUUGCUUCAAAGGAAGAAGAAGAAGUGCUAGCUAAGAUCCAAGAACGUUUCGAUGUCAAGAUUGCUGAAUUCCCAGAAGAAGGUAUUGAUCCAUCAACUUAUUUGAACAAUUAA